UUCGCCAACAUAGCCAGCUACCAGGACCUGUUGGGCAGCCAUCAUCAACUGCUCAUAGCCGCCACAGCCGCAGCCACCGUCGCCGCUGCCGCAGUCGAGCCGCAACUGCCGCAAUUGACGACGACGCCAUCCACAGCCACCAUCAUACCCAUAAUAACCAAUAACCAGACCCAGAAUCAGAGCCACAACAACACCAACACAAACACAACAACAACAAACAACAACAACCAGCAGGCGGUGUUCGAAAAAGCCAUCACCAUUUCGUCGAUUGCGAUUAAACGCAGGCCGACGCUGCCGCAGACGCCAGCAAGUGCCCCACAGGUGUUGUCGCCGUCGCCGAAACGCCAGUGUGCCGCCGCCGUCUCAGUGCUGCCCGUGACAGUUCCUGUGCCCGUGCCCGUGUCCGUGCAACCCCUGCAGCCCGUGCAAGUCCCAGUGCCAGCCAGCGCCCUCAAAGGACACCAUCUGGGAAAUCAUCUGGGAAAUCACAUUGGAAGCCAUCUUGGGAGCCAGCUGCAGCAGCACCCCCACCAUCCGCACCACCAGCUGAGCUUCGCCCAUCCCACACAGUUUGCGGCCGCCGUUGCCGCCCACCACCAGCAGCAGGCCCAGCAGCAGGCGCAACAGCAGCAGGUGCAACAGCAACAGGUUGCGUACGCAGUAGCGGCAGCACAGCAGCCACAACUGCAACACCAGCAGCAACAGCAGCAGCAGGCGCAGCAGCAGGCCCAGCAAGUGCAACAGCAGCAGCAGCGUCUGGCACAGUUCAAUCAAGCGGCAGCCGCUGCCUUGCUCAACCAGCACUUGCAACAUUCGGCGGCAGUGCACCAACAGCAGGUGGUGCAACAGCAACAGCAACAGGCAGCAGCAGCACAGCAGAUCCAACAGCAACAGCAGCAGCAGCAACAACAGUCGCUCGCCCACUACUACAGGCACCAGCCGUACGUGCAACAGCAACAGCACAUUCUGCUGAGUGGCAACAGCAGCAGCAGCAGCAGCAGCAAACAGAUCGCCAGCAACAGCAGCAGCCAACAACAGCAACAACAGCAACAACAACAGCCCGCACCAGCACCAGCAGCCGUUGCCGUUGCAGUUGCAGCAGCGACACCAGCAACAGCCACCGUUGCCGCUGUACCCACGAGCGGCGGCAGCAGCAGUUUGCCGGACAGCCCCGCCCACGAAUCGCACUCGCACGAAUCGAACUCUGCCACGGCCUCAGCGCCAACGACACCCUCGCCGGCCGGCAGUGCCACAACAGCAGCCACCACAACAGUUGCAACAGCGUCAGGAGGCGUCAGCGACAGCAACAACAACGCCGCCAUAAUGGAAAAUCAAAUGGCACUCGCCCCGUUGGGACUCUCGCAGAGCAUGGACUCCGUUAAUACGGCCAGCAACGAGGAAGAGGUUCGCACACUUUUUGUCAGCGGUUUGCCCAUGGACGCCAAGCCGCGUGAACUUUAUCUACUAUUCAGAGCCUACGAGGGCUACGAAGGAUCUCUAUUGAAAGUAACUAGCAAAAAUGGCAAAACUGCAUCGCCCGUGGGCUUUGUGACAUUCCAUACAAGAGCUGGAGCCGAGGCAGCCAAACAGGAUCUGCAGCAGGGUGUACGCUUCGAUCCCGAUAUGCCCCAAACAAUUCGCUUGGAAUUCGCCAAGAGUAACACGAAAGUGAGCAAACCCAAACCACAGCCCAAUACAGCGACAACAGCCUCACAUCCUGCAUUGAUGCACCCACUCACUGGACAUCUGGGUGGGCCGUUCUUUCCGGGCGGACCGGAGUUAUGGCAUCAUCCGUUAGCGUAUUCGGCAGCAGCCGCCGCUGAUUUGCCCGGAGCUGCAGCACUGCAGCAUGCAACAUUAGUGCAUCCGGCCCUGCAUCCGCAGGUGCCAGUGCGCUCCUAUCUCUGACUAAAUACAGACAAAGUAAUGGAGCAGCCUAUGCAUCAAACUCAAAUGACCAUGCCGCAACAUCAUCAGACCACUGCUACUGCUAUACAUCCUGGGGCAGCUGCAAUGGCACAUAUGGCCGCUGCUGCUGCCGCGGCCACGCCACAGAAUGCUGCUGCGGCAGCCACGGCCGCCGCCGCCGCUGCUGCUGCUGCCCAACAUCAUCAUUUUUUAUCGAGUCCAGCGCUUGCAAGUCCCGCCGGAUCCACGAACAAUGCCACACAUCCGGCUAAUCCACAAAUAGCGGCAAAUGCACCCUGUUCCACGCUGUUUGUGGCCAAUCUUGGACAAUUUGUCUCCGAACAUGAGCUCAAGGAGGUCUUCUCUAGUAUGCCUGGCUUUUGUCGCCUACGAAUGCACACAAAAGUCAUGGGCACAACAGCAGCAACUGGCUCAAGCUGCUCCAUCAAUAACAACAACAACAACAACAACAGCAGCACCAACGCUCAACAACAGUUACAACAACAGCAACAUCCAGUGGCGUUUAUUGAAUUCAAGGAUGCCCCUAGUGCCGCCCAGGCCAUGCAACAGCUGCAGGGCAAGUAUCUACUAAGCUCCGAUCGUGGAUCCAUACGGAUCGAAUAUGCCAAGAACAAAAUGUCCAACGAUAUAACAACAAUUGUUGGUAAAGCACAACAUCAAGCACAGCCACAGCCACCACCACCACCACCGCUAUAUAUACUGAAUGGUAAUGAACAGCUACAGCUACAGCAGCACUUGCAACAGCAACAGCAACAGCAUCUGCAACAACAGCAACAGCAACAACAACAGCAGCUACUCCAACAACAACAACAACAACAGCACGUGUCUAUGGCAACAGAUUGCACCAACAACGGCACCAAUGAUAGCACCACCAACACCACUAGCGUUGUUGUUAACUCCAUACAGCACCACAACCAACUUCAUCAUCCUUCAAAUCAGCACCACCAAAAUCAUCUCUUUAGAGACAGGAGCGGGUAUGGAAUCACGGCAUGAUUUGCUCGCUAAAAAACUAGAGAGGGAAAUGCAACAACAACAGCAGCAGCAACAGACACAACAGCAGCAACAACAGC